AUGGCCUUCGUCCCCGCGCCCGGCUACCAGCCCGCCUACAACCCGUCGCUGCCCUACGUGGCCCCUGUGAUGGGGGGGCUCUGGCCCGGUAUGGCCGUCUACGUGCAGGGUCUCGUGCUCCCCCACGCCAACAAGUUCUGGGUGAACCUGGCGAACGGGCCGGGAGAGGGGGACGACCUGGCGCUGCACCUGAACCCCCGCUUUGGGGGCGAGGGGCAGGCGGUGCUGAACAGCCGCUGCGGGGGGCAGUGGGGGCAGGAGCAGCGCCGGGACCUCCAGCCCUUCCUGCCCGGGACCCCCUUCGAGAUCGUCAUCACCGUCACCCCCCACGCGUACCGGGUCCUGGUGAACGGCAGCCACUUCGAUGAGUUCCUGCACCGGCUGCCGGCGGAGCAGGUGACGGCCGUCACCGUGGACGGGGACCUGGAGCUGCACUCGGUCACCAUCCUGGGUGCCGGGGUGAGCCCCCCGUUCUGCUCCCCCCAGGACGUGCCGCAGACCAUCCCCUACCUGCAGAGCAACCUGCCGGUGAUGGGGCAGCCGCCCACCCUCCACCCGCCCGUGCCCUUCGUGGCCACCAUCCCGGGGGGGCUCAUCCCCAAGAAAACCAUCGUGGUGAAGGGCUUCAUCCCCCCCGACGCCGACAGGUUCCACGUCAACCUGCGGGCGGGUGCCGGGGGGGACGUGCUGCUGCACUUCAACCCGCGCCUGAGCGAGGGGGUGGUGGUGCGCAACAGCCUCCUGGGGGGGGCCUGGGGGGCCGAGGAGCUGGACCUGCCCCACAACCCCUUCCAGCGCGGCCGCUACUUCGACCUCUCCAUCCGCUGCGGGAACCAUCGCUUCAAGGUCUUCGCCGAGGGGCAGCCGCUCUGCCACUUCUCCCACCGCCUGCCCCCGGGGCCCCACGUCGACACGCUGGAGGUGGAUGGCGACGUCAUCCUCUCCUACGUCCACUUUUGA